AUGAGGGGUCCAACCCUUCCUUCUUCAAGUGCAUCAAGACAUAACUCAUCUGGUGUUGGUGGUUCUUCUAACCCAUCCUCUCAGACUCCUAUACAAUCUAGUCCAAAUUCGCAAUAUUCAGAUUUUGCCAAUCCUCAUGGAUUAGAUGCUAUCGACCUCAACGAUGAUGAUAUUGAAGAUCAGAGGCAAGAUAGUAUUCAACACUGGCAUUGGAAAGAGGAUGAGAUGUUGAUCAGUGCAUGGUUGAAUGGGGUAGUUGCAUGUAAGAAACGAUGGUAUAAGAUCAACAAGAUUGUUGCACAAUUUGCUGGUUGCUACGAUCAAGCUAGUCGAAACAUAAGGAGUGGUUCGAACGCUGAUGAUAUAAAGGAGUUGGCCUAUAAACUUUAUUCCACAAAUUAUGGUAAAAUUUUCACUUUUGAGAGGCAUUGGAACAUGCUUAGGUUGGAGCAAAAAUGGAGAAGCCAACUACCUACACAGAGUGGCGGCUCAAAGAGAACCAAAGUUAGUGCAACUAGAGCAUACUCAUCCUCAUCAAACCUAGAAACACCAUUGGCUGACGAACCCGGUGUGGACUCUCCCGUUCGCCCACAAGGAUCAAAGAAGAGCAAGCGAAAAGGUAAGGAAAAAGCACAAAUGUCUGAAGAUUUUAGCGAAAAAAUUCAUCGGUUGUUAAAAAAUUAUCUCUCAUAA